UGCAUGUUCGCCAACACAGUCACGGUCGACGCUUUCAAAUUUCGAGCCUUCUGUUGAAAGUCACGUGUUUCCGACCCGUCUUCCGCGGGUGGUUACCAUAGCAACAGUGUCCUCAUCGAGCCUUGGUCAAACAGAGAGCAGCCAUGAGUGGCGACGCAGUUUUCUCUCUUCCAGCCACUGACUUCAGUACAAAGGUCCCUGUGGAGCACCUGGACUAUGACUUCAUUGAAAAGUGCAAAGAUGUAAAAUAUCUGGAGAAGAUAUUGAGAAUUUUGAGGUCUGGGGAAGAGGGCAUAUAUCCCCAUCUGAUCAAGUUCUGUGAAGGUCACUUGGAGAAGUUGAACCCUAAAAGUCGAGCUCUCAGGAAGGAAACCCCCGUCGCCACAGAAGCCAGCUUCUCUAAAGAUGAGUGGGACCAAAUCAUGGAUGACUUAAAGACAUGGGCGGAAGAAACCAAAAAGUCUGAAACCUUGCUUAAACAGGAGCCAGUGUUUGACCUAUUAAAAGAGAAAAUACCUCCUGUAAGAAGUUCCAAUUUCUUUGUUCCACUUAACGAGAAAUCGUUUCCAAAACAAAGAACAAAUUCCUCAAAACAUGUUCUUCCUCGUGAUUAUCAAGAGUGGGACAAGUUCGAUGUGGAAGAGGAAUGUAACAAGGUGGAUGGGGUGUUAAAAAAUGACCCACCAGCCAUUCUAAACACAGGACAUCCCAACAUCAAGAGAGCAGUGGACGCCUCAUUGCUGUCGCAACAGGAGAAGUUCCUUUUGGCAAAUCGUGAAAAAGAUAAGGGAAAUGAAGCUUUUAGAGCAAAUGAUUACGAAGAGGCGGUCGCAUACUACUCCAGGAGCCUUUCCAUUUUACCCACUGUGAGUGCAUACAACAACAGAGCUCAGGGAGAGAUCAACCUCCAGCACUGGCACAACGCCAUGAGGGACUGUCAGCAGGUGCUUGAGCUAGAACCAAGGAAUAAAAAAGCCCUGCUGCGUCGCGCUACUGUUCACAAUCAUAUGGGGAACUUUCAAAUGGCCUCUGAAGAUCUAAGAAUGGUGCUUCAGGAAGAGCCGAACAAUGCUACAGCAAUUCAACUUCUGUCUAAAAUUGAGAGGAAGCUGUCAGAUUGUCUACCAGAGCAGCAAAGCAAGGGCAAAAAAAUCCUCAUUGAAGAGUUAGAAGAACAGGAGGAGCAAAGAGCUUGUCCGGUUCAACCUAGCCAGCCUGUGGGAGGGGAGGAGAGCUCAGCUGCUCCUGCUGAAAGGGGAGACAUGGGAAACGCUCAAAAAAAGCCCCACAGCAGAGGGGACGGGGGUCCACACAGUGAGUCCAGCAACUCGCACCAUGGGCCCUGGAGGGGCAAAGGGGGAGCCUCAGAUAAAUACAAAGUCACCGAGGAGUCAAAGGUGGCUAAUGGAUCAAGCAAGAGGGGUUCGACAGUUUCAGUGCAGGGUGAUAAGAGGAGUGGCACUAAGGGGGCUACAGGUGGGGGCAAAGCAGAAGAAAGUGUCAAUCUUGAUACCCCUUGCGGAGCCCUGCCUCCACACCUUUCCCGGCUAAAGAAUGAAGGAAACCUGCUGUUUAAAAAUGGACAGUUUGCUGAUGCAUUAGAGAAAUACUCACAAGCCAUUCAGGGCUACACAGAUUCAGGGAUCGAUAGUCCUGAGGAUCUAUGUAUUCUGUAUUCUAACAGAGCAGCGUGCUACCUGAAAGACGGCAAUAGUCAAGACUGCAUACAGGACUGCACGAGAGCCCUGGAGCUGCAGCCGUUCUCCCUAAAGCCCCUCCUGCGGCGGGCCAUGGCUUAUGAAUCACUGGAGCGUUACAAAAAGGCCUACGUGGAUUACAAGACCGUCCUGCAGAUAGACAUCAGCGUCCAGGCAGCACACGACAGCGUCAACAGAAUUACCCGGUUGCUGAUCGAGCAAGAUGGUCCAGAGUGGAGAGAGAAACUUCCAGACAUUCCGAUGGUCCCUCUGUCAGCUCAGCAACAUCGAAGAGAAGAGCCCCCCAGCGAGGAGGUCCUGCGGGCUCGAGCAGAAAAAGCCAUCAGGGAUGCAGAAAGGAGAGCAGAAAUCCAUUUUUCAGCCUUCAAGCAAGAAGGGAACGAUUUCGUGAAGAAGGGCCAGUACCAGGAGGCUCUGGGGAAGUACACAGAAUGCCUUAAACUAAAGCCAAAGGAGUGUGCUAUCUACACAAACAGAGCUCUGUGCUACUUAAAGCUGGAGAGGUUCAUGGAGGCCAAGAAGGACUGUGACACGGCGCUGGAACUGGAACCUGGCAACAAGAAGGCCUUCUACAGACGAGCCCUGGCCAAUAAAGGCCUCAAGGACUACCUGGCAUGCAGCUCUGAUCUGCAGGAGGUGCUGCAGCAGGAUCCCAACGUGCAGGAGGCUGAGAAGGAGCUGGAGGAGGUCACAGUGCUGCUCAGACAGAGUCUGGCCAACACCUCACAGGACAAACCCAGGAAGACUGUCCCCAUCAAAGAGGUUGACGGUGACGAGGACAUGACUGAUGUUCCAGCCUCAGAGAGCAGCUGCACAAGAGAUAACAUCAACCUGAAACCCAGCAGCGCCUAUGAAUUUGGUCAGUCUUUGAAAGCUGCCUGCUGCUGUGGAGAUACAGCAGCAGGUGCUGAACUGCUGGCAUCCACAGAGCCACAACUGCUUCCCCAGUAUCUUAGCAACCAGCUGGAUGGACACACUAUCAGCUUUAUCAUGAAGGCACUCGACUUACAUUUAUUGGGAAAAAACCCCAACUUGGUCUACCGGCAUCUCCACCACCUGCACACCGCUGACAGGUUCUCGGUUGUACUCAUGCUGCUGGAGAAGGAUGAACGUCGUUACAUGACUCAGCUAUUUGAGCAUCUCUCAGCCGUGGAGAGCACAGAGUUCACCAAGGGUGAUGUUCAGAAUCUGGCCAAUAAAUACAUCUGACCCCAACCCCACCCCACACGCUCACCUCCUGCUGCAUGAGCUGCUGCACCUCCAAUCUGGGCUGUAUGCAACAGACUACACCAGAACUGAGCCCAUAAAACCUCAGAAUGGGUCCACAGAAAUAUCAAGGAACUGAUUUAAACUCUUUGAGCUGUGAUGAGUUUUGAAUGACCCCGUAUGUUUGUAUAAAGACUUAAGAUAUCUAUUUUUUUCUUCAGAACAGGUAGCUAUGCAGAUUUUAUGUACCACCACAAACCACUUUAAUUGUACAUCUGGAUUAUUUAACUUAACAAAUUAACAAAUGUGGUCCAAAGCGCAACGUGGGAUUGGUCCAGUUGAAUGUCAGGAAACAGGCCAGUGUUUUCUCCCAGUGGUCAGAUGGGAUUACAUAAAAGCUCAUGUUCCCAGAACUGAGCUUUAUUUGGUCCAUGAAGCUGUUGAAAUUAGUCACUUGAUAAAAGUGGCUGUUAUUAAUCAUCCACAUUUAGAAGAGGUUUUCAUUUCUCAUAGUACUUAAGGAAACUACGGCUAUUUGCCAUUAAGGUAAUGAAGAUCUAUUGCUAAAGGACCAAAAAAACCCACAAAGAUAACAUUUCCCAUCUGUGGUGUCAGGUAUGCAACAGACCUGCAUGACGUCAUUGCUGUUCCUGCAGCAUGUCGUCAACAAAUUCACCUACAUGUUUAAUUUUGUUUAAGCAACUAUGCAAUAAGAUGUAUUAAAUCAUAAAGUCCUGUUCUGACGAGAUGUUUGUCCUUAAAAUAUAACCUGGGGUGAAGACAUUCAGUCUGCCAGGUAAACCUUAUACCUGCAAACGUCAGCAGCUCCAUCUUCAUGAGAUGAUGGAGGACCUUUUUGAUCGUCCUAGAAUGUUUGUUUUAGUUUUGAGUCAAAGUUUUAAAAUGCAUUUGGAUUUUUUUUCCUCAUUUAGUUAUCUUUACAUUGAACUUUCUGAUGCUAAACGGGGAGCUGUUUUCUGUUCUUCAUGAAUGUGGUUGGGUUCAGACCCAAACCGGGGGCAAGAGGCAAUAAAUGCACAUUUUUCAUUUGUUCUCUACACCGUAGUUCUAACUGUAUGUAAAGUUGUCAUCUGUACAGAAUUCAGAGGCCUAUUGAAUAAAGUCGAAGAAAAUCA